CACUUUUUACUUCUCUUUUUGUUUUCUGACUGUGUUCUAUUUGGUUAUUGGCUCUUUGGGGUCCAACUGUCCUAGUAAGAAUACAGAACUCUCUUGCUUAGAUUACAAAAACAAUUACUUAAUUCUUUUUUAAAGGUAAAUCUUCUACUACCUCAUGCUCUCAUUGAACAAUUGGUAGUCUUUUGAAAUAGUUGUAUAAUUGUUGCUCGAAUUAGAUCCAAAUGCUGAAGUUAUUGCUCUAUCACCAACAACGCUUAUGGCGACAAAUCGAUUCGUGUGUGAGAUAUGCAACAAAGGGUUCCAAAGGGACCAAAACCUUCAAUUGCACCGAAGAGGUCACAAUCUUCCCUGGAAGCUUAGGCAAAGGAUAACCAGUGAGGUCAAGAAACGAGUCUACAUAUGCCCCGAGCCAACUUGUGUCCACCACAACUCGGCUCGUGCACUAGGGGAUCUUACAGGAAUAAAGAAGCAUUUUAGCCGUAAGCAUGGCGAGAAGAAGUGGAAAUGCGACAAGUGCUCAAAGAAAUAUGCUGUGCAAUCUGAUUGGAAAGCUCAUCAGAAGACCUGUGGUACUAGGGAAUACAAAUGUGAUUGUGGAACCAUCUUUUCAAGAAAAGACAGCUUCGUCACGCACAGAGCAUUCUGUGACGCAUUAGCUGAAGAAAACAACAAGGUAAACCAAGGACUAAUGAACAACAUCAACAUGGGAUCAAACUUACUAAACCAAAUGCCAGAGCUCAUGUCAUCAAUGCCAAUGAGCAAUGCCAACACAUCUCUGGGAACAUCUGACUUCAACAACAUUGACCCGAAAAACUCGCUCAAAUCCCUUCCCCAAGAGCUAGUGCCAAUGCCGUUUAAGCCUAUGAACAUGGGUGGAGGCAUGUUUUCAAGCAGCUCUGGCACUCUGUUUGGCAGCCAAGGAAGCAUUUCCUCAGCUUCCUCUAGCCUACAACUUAGUUCAAAUAACCCAUCUGGCUUCAAUUAUUUACAAAACAGCAACAAUGCUUGCCAAAUUGACGGGUCGCCCCACGUGUCAGCCACAGCCUUGUUGCAGAAAGCAGCCCAAAUGGGUGCAACUGCAAGUAAUAGUAUAAACUCUCCCAUGAUGCAAAAAAGCUUUCCUAGUAGCAUGGCAGGUCCUGACCAGUCCAUUAGACCAACAUAUUUUGGAGGAAUGCAGCAGCAGAACACAUCUUACGAACACUUUCCAUCACAAACCGAUCAUUCAAGCAUGGUUGGGAUCAACGAGGGAGGGUUCUCUAACCCGCUCAUGCAAAAAAGCCCCAAUGAAAUGGUCCAACUUUUCAAUACUGUGGCAGGAAGCUCAGGAAUGAAUGAUAUGGGAAUUUUCACUAACAUGUUCAUUAAUGGAGCUGACCGAAACCAAGGCUUGAUAAAGAACAUGGAACAUGAAGAUUGUGGCAGUUCUAGCUUAUUACAAGGGAGAACUCAGGCGAUCGAAAGGAACCCACCAGGGCCAGCAAUAUUUGGAGCGAGCAAUGGAGAAAAUAACAUGACGACUCUUGAUUUCAUGGGGAUUGGAGUGUCAAGGCCAGUCAAUUUGCAUGAACAGCAGCAUCAGCAACAAAGAUUAGAAUUGGAAGCAAUAAGCCAACAAAGACUGCCAAUGAUAAACCCUUUUCAGCAACAGCUCUCACAUGGGAAUUCCGCUAUUGCAAAGUCCAUCUGGGAUGUCUGAGAGCCACAGGUUUUUUUGUUACUUUUAUCUGUCAGUUGUCCUUGGAAGAUUUUCUUGCUCUUGUCUGUGACAAUGCUGAGAUGGCCACUCUGGCAUUGGAAACCAAAUGGGGCUCAUGGGGUACACACCAACUUAUCUAUCUUCAAACAAUGGGCCUGACUUUUUAAAUUCAUGAUGACCCAGCGAUAAGUGGGA